GUCUCCAUGGCAUUUGUACCCUAUAUGUUCUGGUUAUUGGCGAGGAAGUGCAAUAGAAGUAAAAGUACAUUUGUCAUGAGUCCUAUUGAUAACAGGCCCUCUCAGAGCAGAUCACCAAGGAAAUUCUCAUGGGGGGAAAUAGAGAUGGCUACAAAGGAUUUUGGAAUGGUUGCAGGCGAAGGAGGUUUUAGUACUGUUUACAGAGCUGUUUUGGCGGAUCAGACUGUGUGUGCAGUGAAAGUUGUGGGAAGAAACUUUGAGCUCUUACGACGUGCUUACAUGCAAGAAUUGCAUGCAUUGUUACGUGCACGUCAUGAUAAUUUGGUUAACCUGGUUGGGUACUGCGAUGACAGAGAAGCUGGAAUACUGGUUCUUGAAUACGUAAACAAUGGGAACUUGCAUGAUACUUUGCAUGCGAAUGACAAAUUUCUUGCAUGGCCACAUCGUGUGGGCAUAGCACGUCAAAUUGCAUCGGCCUUGCAGUAUCUUCACGAGGUUUGCGACCCUCCCAUCCUACACUGUGACAUCAAAUCUGCCAACAUUCUUCUGGACGAGAAUUACAAUGCAAAACUCUGCGAUUUUGGAUUCUCUAGAACGGGAGAUAGCAGUUAUUUGACUAAGAGUAGUGUAUUGGGUUCUCCAGGUUAUAUCGAUCCCCACUGUUUCAAGAGUGGGAUUGUUUGUAAGAAGACUGAUGUUUAUAGUUUUGGUGUGCUGCUUUUGGAGCUUAUUACAGGCAUGAAGGCCUUUUGUGGUGAGAAGAGAAAGCUUCUGGCUGUGUUUUCGUCUCCAUUUCUGGAGAAUCCCAGUAGACUAAGUGAAAUCAUUGAUACCAGGCUUAGUGGUUGCUAUGACUAUAAGGAGGUGAAAUCCAUGGCGUCCAUUGCCUCGUUGUGUAUACAGGGAAACCCUGAAUUGAGGCCUUCUAUGAAUGAAGUAGUGAAAAUGAUGAAUGCAUAAUUCUGCAAACAGAGGGAUGCUUAUUACAGUUCCCCAUCUCAUAAUCACUGAGAUGAAAUGAUAUAUAAGUGUAAAUUGCAAAUACAUGGUGAAACAAUAUUGUUAUACUGUUAA